UUCUCCUAAUUAAUAAAUUCUUGUAGAAUGAGAAACCAUGAGAAAAGGAAAAACUGCUGAAAGAUCAAAGACUCAAUGAACCAAAUGAUUGUUCAUCACUGAGAUUCAUAAAUUGAAUCCCAAACCCCUGAAGUUUUUCUUCUUCAACGAACCCAAAUGAAUGUUCUGGCAAUCAUACCUCAAGAAUACCAACGAUGAUUGAUCAAUGGCGAAAAGAAGCCCGCAAAUGGUCGACAGACAUUUUGAUCCUCAAGAAUGGAUUCAAGGACUUAAUUUGGCAGCCGAACACUUUAAUGGACAUGCUCCUAUUGUGGCAAUGAGUUUGAGGAAUGAAUUACGUGGUCCACGCCAAAAUGUAAAUGAUUGGUACAAUUACAUGAGCCAAGCAGCACUAGCAAUUCAUAAGUCAAACCCAAAUGUACUUGUGGUUAUCUCAGGUUUAAACUAUGACACUGAGUUACAGUUUUUAAGGAACAAACCAUUGAACAUAGACUUGGGUAAGAAAAUGGUGUACGAGACACAUUUAUACUCAUGGUCUGUUGGAUUGAAAGACGUUUGGAUUAAGCAACCAUUGAAUAGAGUUUGUGCCAAUAGCAUUAGCACGUUAAACGAAAGAGCUGGAUUUCUUAUUACUGGUGAGAAUGCAGUUCCUUUGAUUAUGACUGAGUUUGGAUUUGAUGAAACAGGCUCUUCAGUGGCAGAUGAUAGGUUCUUGACAUGUCUUCAAACAUACCUUGUUGGAAAUGAUUUGGAUUGGGGUUUGUGGGCUUUUCAAGGUGGCUAUUAUGUUAAUGUCGAUAAAGUUCCAGUUAAUGAGACUUUUGGUGUUUUAGAUGAUACUUGGCUCAAGCUUAGAUACCCUAAUUUCACCAACAAGUUUCAACUUUUACAAAGGAAGAAUCAAGAUCCUACUUCCAAACUCCCCAAUGCAUAUAUCUUGUACCACCCUCUUUCUGGUAACUGUGCACAGGUAAAUAAUAACAAUGAACUUGAAAUUGGAAGCUGUGCGAAUCAAAACAAAUGGACUUAUAAUGGUUCUCAAAUCCUUUUCAAUAACACUAGUAAGUGCUUAACUUCUGCUGGUGAAGGGUUUCCAGUUUCAGUUUCUGAUAAUUGCCAAAGCAAGAACAGUUCAUGGCAAACUGCAUCACUUUCUAAACUUCAUUUGGCUACGGUUGAUCAAGAUGGCAAACAACUUUGCUUACAAGAUUCUAAUUCAUUUAAUUCGUCUGUUGUCGCUUCAAAAUGUAUAUGCAUCAAUGAUGAUUCUCUUUGUCUUGAUGAUCCUCAAAGCCAGUGGUUUCAACUUGUUGCUACCAAUGUAUAGAAAAUUUAUAUUUUCAGUUCUUUCUUAUUGAAUUUCCCUAUCACUAUAGAGCUUUUAAUAUCAUGUAUAGGUUUCAGGAAACAAAUCACAUAUAAUAAUUAAUAAAUUAAGUUCUUUCUUUGUCUA